UUGAAUUUAAAAAUAAUAAAUUUCAUAAUUUCUUCUCUACAAAACCUAGCUAUAAAAGUUUAAUCUUAUAACCUGAUGCCAGAUACAAAAGCAUAAAUAGUGUUUCUUUCACAAAAGUUCCUUGAAUAUUAUUUUUCGCAUAUUAUAUGGCUGCAACGCUCGAGCGAUUUGUGUAGCCGGAAAUGUUGGAUAAAACUAAAGUAUUGUGUUUGUAGGUGACAAUGGACCUUUCCCCAGACGAAGAACACUUCCAAGGUCGAUUGCUGCAUCAGGCAGCACUAUGGGACAAUCUGGAGCUAGUCCAAGAGCUGCUAGCCGGUGGGGCGGACGCGGGCGCGAGGGACGAGCACAGCCGUACCGCACUGCACGCCGCAGCGCUGGCGGAGCGGAGCCGCUGUCUGCCGGCGCUGUGUGCGAGCGGGGUGGACGUUAAUGCUAGAUCUGAUGAUGACACUGGGGGCAAGACAGCGCUACACGUGGCGGCGGAAUGCGGCCACGCUGAGAACGUCACAGCGCUGUUGUCAGCGGGCGCUGACAUCACAGUGUUGACAGCGGCUGGGGACAGCGCGCUUACACUCGCAGAGCGAUCGCGGCAUAGACACGCUGCGAAUGUGCUGCGAGAUGCGAGAGAUGCAUUGGAACGAGAGCGUCUCUCCACUCACGCGCAGCUCCGCGAGCUGGUCGUCAGGGGCGACGCUCGGGCCCUCCACGAUAAGUUGGAAGUGCUUGGGCCAGCUGCGGCCAUCAUCGCCAACUUGACGCCCGGUGGUGCUAACACGUUGUUAUAUGUGGCAUCAGAACUAGGCAAUCUACCAGCAGCAUCCAUCCUAGUGGGUGCUGGCGCGGAUGGCCGAGCGCACCCCGUCACACGAUAUGGGCCAUUAUACAUAGCUUGCUAUCAUGGACACGAGGAUAUCGCCACGUUAUUGUUGGCACACUUUCCGGAAGCUGUUCAGCAAGAAACAGUGGAAAAAUGGCUGCCGCUACACGCAGCGUGUAUCGGCGGUCACCCGGCGCUUGUCAAGUUGUUACUCGAGUACCAGUAUCCAGACCAUUUGCUGACUACUUACAAUGACGCAUCAGGUCAACACCAAUAUCGCAUGGCGUUCGACGUCAACGCGCGUGACGCGAGCGGCCAAAGUGCACUUUACGUUGCUUGUACGUUGGGAAAUGCGGCUGUUGUUGAUGCGCUGCUGGACUUCUCGCUGCCGGCGGUCGGGCACUCUCAGGUAUCGCCAAAAGAAACGAGUCCAUCAGAACAGCGCAUCACAAGUCCCCAUCGGAGUGGCAUAUCGCUGGGCAUUCACGCGAUCGUCAAUAAGCUGACUGGUGGGGGUAAAACGCCAGCACCGGACGCGGAGAAGCGUGUCCGUCCCGUGCGCACGGACAGCGGGCGCGGGCUGGACACGUGCGUGGCGUGCGCCGCGCGGCUCGGGCACGCGCGGGUGUUGCGGCGCCUGCUGGCGGCCGGCGCCAAGCCGGACGCGUGCGCGGAGAUGGUAUCAGAAGCGGCCCGCGACACGCGUCGCCGGUCCCGCAGCGCGUCCAUCACACGCGGUCGCGCUUCGCCCGCACCGCAACAUGCGAACUACAAUGAUGACCGAGAAGGUUGGACAGCCCUAGCGGUAGCAGCUCGGGCUCGUAACGUACAAAUAGUGGAAAUGCUCCUCGCGGCCGGGGCUACGGACCCGGGGGGCAAAGCCCUGCGAGAGUGCGCGAGACACGGCUUGACCGAUCUGGUGGCUGCGCUGUUGGCUACUAAGGCGUACCCCGACCCGGAGUACAAGCUGAACAAGUCAGCGCUGUCCGAGACGGUGCUGUCCGGGCGCGACGCUGACUCUUCGUUGUCGUUCAGCGCGCGCUGUCCCUCCACGCCGGUUAUGAUCAACUGGCGGGAGCUGCGGUGCCAGCUGGCCAGACUGCGUAUGAGCUGGCUCCGCGCCGCGGCGUUACGCGUGAAUCCCAAACUAAGUGCGAGCAACCACGCCCUUUUAGCGCUAACUCGAUUGGAAGUAGCCAAUAAUGAGCUGAGGGAACUGCCUCGAGAGCUGUUCGGGUUGACUAGCUUGAGGUAUUUAAACGCAGCUCAAAACAAACUAGAGCGUUUACCAACAGCAGAUGAUCCGUUCGAAGAAGAGUUGGACGGGAGCAGAUUGAGAAGAAAGAGAGCGGAGAAGAAGAGUACCAGCGUGUACACAGCCCCUGUGCUGCAAGAGUUGUAUUUACAGGAUAAUCGUUUAGAAGUACUCCCGCCAGAGCUAUUUUCCCUCCCCUCCCUCACGAGUUUAGACGUUUCCAACAACAAAUUAAGAGCAUUACCAGCGAACAUGUGGAGUGCGCCAAGUUUGCGAGAUUUGAACGCGGCAUUGAACCAUUUGAAGGAACUGCCUAGUGGUGAUGAGCCCGUAAACGACUACAUGUCGGACGCGAGUUCUCCCGCGCAGUCCCCGCUGCCGGGGGCUUCGCCCUCUUCGAAUAGCGCGCCGUUUGGUUUCUCUAUGGGGAAAUCCGCCUCUCGAAGUCCCUCUAUAGAGAAUAGUGAUGCGACCCCUGAUGAUGAAGAUGUGCCAGUACUUGGCAACCGAGCUGGUAACGCUAUCUGGUCAGAAGCGAAACGCGCGCACGCGUGGCGCGGGGCCCGGGCCCCCAGCCCCGCGCGGGCCCCCGCGGGCCCCGGGGCCAGCUGCCUGGCGUCCCUCAACCUGUCGCACAACCAGUUCUCGUGUAUCCCCCCGCCGCUCGCGUGUAGGGCCCCCGCGCUGACCAGGCUCAACAUGGCUUAUAAUGGGUUGAGGUCGAUGUCGUACGUGACGUCAUAUCCAACGAAUCUCCGCCAACUGGACCUUAGCUACAAUGAAAUCACGUGCUGGCCGAGUUUGCCGCAAAUGGACAGUUUCGGCAGUUCAGUAGGGUCCCCGCUAGCGUGUUACUGCGGCAGCGGGGCCGUGGGACGGUCCCGGCCCCGCUCCGGGGGCUCCGUGCGGUCACAAUUACUGAGUGCGGCCUGUGCUGCGAGACGACACUUGAGGCUGGAGGCGUUGAGGACUUUGAUCCUAGCAAACAAUAUGCUAACACGCAUUCAACUUACAACAGACGAUGAUGGCUUGGCCCCGCCCAGUGAUCACCGGAAUGAUGAUAAUGAUGAUGAAUGGUCUGAAGGAGAGUGUCGUCUUAAGAGCAGACUACUCUUCCCUCUGCUAUCUAUGCUCGAUGUAUCGUGCAAUCUGUUGAGAUCGGUCCCACCGGCCAUACACUUGCUUUCCAACCUGGCUGUGCUUAACUUGAGCGGGAAUAAAGAUAUAACAGACCUGCCGCCCCAAAUGGGGCUCCUAACCCGCCUCUGGAAUCUCAACACGGUCGGUUGUUGUCUCUCGGAGCCCCUCCGCUCCGUGGUGCGCGGGGGGCGAAGUCGCAGCGUCGAUGUGGUCGGCUUUCUGAGGUCGGUCCUGCAUGAGGCGAAGCCCUAUGCUAGGAUGAAGCUGAUGAUUGUCGGUGUUCAGGGAAUCGGUAAAACUAGUCUCUUGGAGUGUCUCCGUCAAGAAUCUGCAAUACACCACAGAAGGAAACCGACAGAUCACUGGGCUAAACGUAUGGGCAACAGAAGCACCCGUGGGAUGUCCACAGUGGGCGUGGACAUCGGCUGGUGGGUGUUCGAGCCGCAGCGUGCCGCUAGAGGCCCGGUCACUUUCAGCACUUGGGACUUUGGCGGGCAACAUGAAUACUACGCGACCCACCAGUACUUUUUAUCGCGUCGUUCCCUAUACUUGGUCGUGUGGAAAGUGCCAGACGGGAAGAAGGGAUUGGCCACCGCUCUACAGUGGCUUAGAUCUAUACAAGCCCGAGCACCAGGAUCUCCCGUUAUCAUGGUCGGCACGCACUAUGAUCAAAUUAUGAAUACAAAUCUCCCAGAGAGUGAGAGUCCCAUGGCCUUACAGAGGUUAAUUCGUGGUUGUGUCAUGGGAGCACCAGAUGCUGAUAAAUUGGGACUGCCCAGAGUUUUGGAUACUAUAGAAGUAUCAUGUAGCACGAAGCACAAUAUAAAACUGUUGGCUGAUAUUAUAUAUUCAGUCGCGUUCAGUGUAAAACCACCAGGCAGCAAAGAACCGAUGCUAGAACAGCGAGUGCCGGCAACAUAUCUCGCGUUAGAGGAGUGCGUCAGUACACUCGCCGCUGAGCUGAAAGAGCCCGUGUUGAGACACGACCAGUAUAGACGAUUGGUGACACAAUACAUGCAACAGAAGAAUUUGAAAAUGUUCAGAGACGCAGCGGAGUUGCAUCAAGCAACAAUGUUUUUACAUGAAAAUGGUAUCCUCCUUCACUACGACGAUGCUACGCUCAAAGAGCUAUACUUCCUCCGACCGCAGUGGCUGUGCGACAUUUUAGCGCAUGUGGUCACUGUGAGGGAGAUCAAUCCGUUCGCUAAUAACGGUAUAAUGAAGGUGGAAGACCUAGCGCACGUGUUCAAAGCUUCGCCCGCACUGGGUGGUGGGGAGGAAGCCCGUUCGCUGGGCGUGUCGCUGCUGAACAAGUUCGAGCUGGCGCUGUGCUGGGACGGGCGCGCUCUGCUCGUGCCGCCGCUGCUGCCGGACACCGAGCCGCAGCAGCCGCAGCCGCAGCUCGCUCUAAAAUCCCGAACAUGGCCGGGCACACCGCGGCGCAUGUUCUCGAGCACGUUAUCCGCUUGUGAUGACGGCAGAAACAACGAUAUGGUCACACAGGAGUGCGCAGGAGGUAUCCUCCUCUCAAGCCGCGACGGGGGGAGGUCACUACGCCGAAUUCUCCUCAUGUCGUAUGUUCCUUGUGGCUUCUGGGCGAGAUUGUGUGCGCGGCUUUUGGCGGACGGUGCGUUGGCUGCGGCCGCUCCGGAGUUGUAUAAAGUGCCACAAGAGAUUGAGCUCGACGAGACCUCUUCCAAGGCCCUAGAACUCGGCUGGUCAUGGAAAGUCUGGAAGACGGGUGUGAAGCUGGUCUGCGGGCAGCUAACCCUGCUCUCGCUGCGGGAGAUCCCCCCCACCAGGGACCCGCUGCUCGGCAGCCUCGCGGAGGAGGUGGAACCGGAGGAGAUUUAUCAUCAGAUGAGGUUCCGCGUCCGCCAAGAGGGUGUAUGGUGUGAGCUAGACAUGCAAACAUCUGCGUGUAUAGAGAUACUAUUGCCUGCGCAGGCGUGUGUCGCGAGGCGGAAAGAUGGCCUGCCUAUUGGUGGUUAUCAGAGUAUCACGCUGGAGCCGAGCCCGACGGUGCUCGCGAAAGUGCUCGCGCUCGUGUCGGAUUUGCUCGAUCUAUUGCUCGAGGACUGGUAUCCUAGUUUGGGCACCCGGUUCGUGCACACGUCGGAGGGGCGGUGCCUGAUCACGCGCGCGGUGCCGUGCCCCGCGUGCCUGCGCGACGCCGCGCUGCUGCCCGCCGCGCACCACGUGCACGACGCGCACUUGGCGCAGGCUUUAAAACGUCUCGAAAUGGGCAACAUCGAGCCGCGGCGUCUCCGACUGUCGGAAGAGUCGAGAACGUCGGAUAGAGACAGCGGCGUUGGCAAUGAAUCUAUUGCAUCAUCCCGUCUCGGCUCAGUGGAGGGCGUACAGCGGAACGCGGCGGUGGGCGAGUGCUGGACGCUAGAGGAGUGCAUACUGGCCGCGUGCACGGGCCAGCGGCUCGUGUGCCAGCACCACGCCGACGUGGAGCUGGCCGACGUGGCGCCCGACGUGUUACUCCUCGACGUGGAGGACAGCAAGCGUGCCCGCUGGGAGCACGUGACCCUCGGCGCAGUGGUGGGGCGGGGCGCGUUCGGUACAGUGGCUGCGGGUUCCUGGCGUACGGGCGGAACUGUGAGACGAGUUGCCGUGAAGGCGUUACAGCCGGUACCGCCCAGUGCCCCGCAUUCGAUACACGCGCUGACUGCGUACAGGGCGGCAGUAUCCCGCUGGGAGCGGGAGCCGCUGGCCGCAGCGUGCCGCGCGUACUGCGGGCUGCGGCAGGAGCUCGGCAUCCUCAGCCGGCUGCGGCACCCGCACGUGCUGCCGCUGCUCGCCGCGUGCCCGGCGCCGCUCGCGCUGCUGCUGGCCAUCGCGCCGCAGGGUUCACUAGAAGGCACGCUCCGCACGUACCGCGGGUGCGGUGUGCGUGUCGGUGCCCGUGCUGCGCGUGCGCUGACGUUGCAGCUAGCACGUGCGUUGGAGUACUUGCAUGCGCACAGAGUGCUGUAUCGGGAUUUGAAGUCGGAAAAUGUCCUGGUGUGGACUUUCCCAUCACCUCAAGAAGCCAACACUGCUGAAAGCGCAGAGGACCCGAUUGAUGUUCAUGUGAAACUUGGAGAUUAUGGCAUCUCCCGACUCGCUCCGCCAUCAGGCACAAAAGGUUUUGGAGGUACGGAGGGCUUCAUGGCGCCUGAGAUCAUGAGGUACAAUGGUGAGGAGGAAUAUACAGAGAAGGUGGAUUGUUUCUCCUUUGGCAUGCUGUUAUACGAAAUAUUUACGCUACGUCAGCCCUUCGAAGGGCACGAGGCGGUGAAGGAAGCCGUGCUGGAGGGAGCUAGACCUCCUUUAUCACCUAGGGACCUGCAAUACCCGUGCAGUAUGUUAGAAACGAUGCGUCGAUGUUGGAGCGGGGCCCCAGAACUGAGGCCCUCCGCCGCUGCCCUCGUGGCAGUGGCUGCAGCUCCUGAGUUCCUGGCCUUGAGAGAUGCAGCUGUUGUGAGGCAGGCUAGGGCUGCUACGGCUACUGCUAUCAGGAAUGUUACUGAAGAGAACCCAGAAGGGUGGGAGAUCUGGUACGGCGGUGCGGAACCAGAACGCGCGCACACGCUCAUCACCUCGCCCACCACCUUCCAUCAUCAUCACAGCAUCACUGUGCCGCCAGAUAAAGCCGAUCCAGUGAUAGUGACAGUGAUGUGUCGUGUCGGCCAAAACAUGUGGCUCGGCGACUCGGUGGGACGAGUGUCUGUUUACUCGAUAUCAGAAUGCGCGUUGCUAUGGAGCGCCAAAGUGUGCGAAACAGCGGGUGGAGGCGGGUCCGGUGUGGCCGCGCUGCAAAACCUCGACCCGCUCAAUAGAGUCGCCUUAGCGCUCACCUGUGGGAGGUUAUUCCUAGUGUCGUCAGAGCGACCACAAGCGGAGAGUACGUUUGUGUUAACUGAACUAGGCACAGCUACAGAACUGAAUUGUCUAACCGCAGUGCAUACAGAGAAUGGAAUAGAACUAUGGGCGGGUGGUGCUGGUUUAUUCACAUACACGAUAACGGAGGAAGGCGUGAGUGGGGCGGAAAGUGUCCCCGCCCCACGGCCCAUGGCCCUCAAGUAUUUGGCCUCUUGCCCCCGGCUGCCAACAGUACUGGCAGCGUGUAAGAAUGAUGUAUACGUAUACGCAUAUUCUGCGAUCACGCGCGAGCAGAUCGCUCGACUCGACUGCAGUAAACUCGCGCCUAGUUCUGAGAGUCUUCAGUCUAUUGCUAGUGACGAUCCGCUCACUGAGGACAGGUGUAGGGUGACGGCGCUGUGUGCGGUGGGCGCGGACGCGUACGUGGGCACCGCGUGGGGCUGCGUCGUGGUCGCGCGGGCUGCCUCGCUGCAACCGCUGGCCGUGUGCCGGCCGCACGAUGAGGAGGUGCGAGCAAUACUGCCUUUAUACCCGCAUGGAAACGCAAGCCAUCCGAUGUUGGCAACCCUGGGCGAUGGAUACCGACCGCUGCUCAAUAGAUAUGCACCUUCACAGUCUAACAACCCGAACAUUGCGCUCAGCGGUUUCUACUGUCUACUUUGGCGGACUCAACAUUGGAUACCUGAUUGAAGAAAUAAAAAAAAAGACUUGUGCCACUCGGGGACUGCCGCGGUAAAGCUAUUGCAUGCUAUGCCUUCAAGCCACACCUCCGCCCGUCGGAGUGGGGAGCGUGAGGUUUUUCGUUACGCAAUUUCUCGAUUCGGUCCCCGCGCUCAAGGCCCGCGAUAGAAGCUAUGCAAUAGCUUAAAACUAGUAAAUAAUAUCAAAAGUUAAAAAUAAAUACGUACCUAACCUAUUGACCUACAAUAAACUACGUGACUCCAAAAAAUGUCCGAUGCAAAACUCUGCCUGCCUAAUACAAACAGGCAGAGUUUUCUAAACGAUACAAUGGACUUUGCACAUUACUGCAAGGGAAUAAGGUGUUAAUUUCAAAGAAUGUUUUGCUCGGAAUUUUUUUAACUUUUAAUGGAAGAUUGUGAGUCUACUUGUUUAUAUUACGUCAAUAAAAUAACCCCUAAAAUUUCGAUCGAAUUACCUAUAUAGAUUUUUUUAUAAAUAUCUAUUUGUAAGUGUAGGACAUAGGUAUGUUUAGGGUAGCUAAGUAGGUAAUGUAAUACCUAGAUUUUUUAUGUACUUGUAGUGUUCAUUCUCUAGAAAAAUGUAAUAAUAAUACGAUCUGUAGUAUUCUAUAGGUAUUUAUACUACUAAAUUAAGAUAAAUUAACCUCUAACUUAUAAAAAUAUACCUUAAAAAAACGGUCGUUUAAUAAGGGUCAAACUCAACUCAAACAUUUAUUUAUUAUAUAAAAAUUCCUUUGGAAAAACUGUUUUUCCUCACGCAUAAAGCGCUGAUCAGAUUUGUAUGAAAUUUAGUACAUAGAUAGAUAUAUAAUCUGAAGUAACAAAUGCUUUUUACCCAAGUACGAAGCAAGUAAUGCCACGGGUUCUAACUAGUAAAAUAUAUGACGAUGACUGGUUAAAAUCAUCAUCUAUACUGUAUUAUAUCCAUACUAAUAUUAUAAAUGCGAAAGUAACUCUGUCUGUCUGUCUGUUACUCAAUCACGCCUAAACUACUGAACCAAUUUGCAUAAAAUUUGGUAUAGAGAUAUUUUG